CAGAGGCUGUAAAGACGGCCGGAUUUUUUUCAGGCUUUUUUCUUUUAACCACUGAAGCGGUUUCCCCAUCCCUCGGGUCUCCUUCCUUGUUACAUUAUAGCGAUUUAUUUCUUUUUUUGUUUUAAAUGAGGACCAACGAGAUCAAGUCUUUGGGUUUCCUCGUGCUUUGCUUUCAAGUUUCGGCGUCUCUCUCUAUGUAGCUAUGUCGGUUUCUUUCCUUCUUUCUGUCACAGCUGGGUGAGUUGGGGGAGCAGGAGGGGUUUGGGUGAGGAGGGGAUAUUUUGUGUUAUUAUUAUGGCGUUCCACAGCCACCUGUCGCACGAGAUGGCGCUCCCGCCGUAUGCGGAGCAGCAGCUGGGGGAGGGCCCGGCGGUGCUCACAAACUCCGACGAGGCCGUCAGGAAGGCGUCCGGCGGAGGAGGGGGAGGGCCGUCGUGGCUCAGCAACGCCGUCCUCCGGCAGCAGGGGCAGCACUACGGCGGCGACGGGAGCUUCCUCCACCUCCAGACCGCCUCUGACCCGUCCGCCUCCCCGGCGGCCGGCGCGAGCGGGGGUCGGUGGUUCCCGCGGCCGCAGAUGCGCGGCAGCGACGAGGAGAACCCGGUGUCGGGCGAGUCCAUGAUCGCGGCGGCGAUGUCUCACGGGGGCCGAGGAGGAGGAGGAGGAGGAGGAGGGUCGAGCGUGCAGGGCGGCGGAGCGGGGGAGGGGGAGGCGGACGCGGCGGCGGGGGAGGGGACGUGGCAGAACGCGAGGUACAAGGCGGAGAUACUGUCUCACCCGCUGUACGAGCAGCUGCUGGCGGCGCAUGUGGCGUGCCUGAGGAUCGCGACGCCGGUGGACCAGCUUUCCCGUAUCGACGCGCAGCUGGCCCAGUCCCAGCACGUCGUCGCCAAGUACUCCAUGCUCGGCGCUGCCGCGAACACCGACGACAAGGAGCUCAACCAGUUCAUGACACACUACGUCUUGUUACUCUGUUCCUUCAAAGAGCAACUACAACAGCAUGUUCGUGUUCAUGCGAUGGAAGCAGUGAUGGCCUGCUGGGAGCUUGAGCAAUCUCUACAGAACCUGACAGGCGUAUCUCCUGGUGAAGGUACAGGCGCAACCAUGUCCGAUGAUGAUGAUGACCAGGCAGACAGCGAUACCAACUUGUUUGAUGGAGGUUUGGAUGGGCCUGACAGCAUGGGGUUCGGUCCUCUUGUUCCAACCGAGAGUGAGAGGUCUUUGAUGGAGCGUGUCAGGCAGGAGCUGAAGCAUGAGCUGAAGCAGGGUUACAAAGAGAAGAUUGUAGACAUUCGCGAAGAGAUCCUACGCAAGCGAAGAGCUGGAAAACUCCCUGGAGAUUCCACUUCUCUUUUAAAGUCCUGGUGGCAGUCCCACUCUAAGUGGCCCUACCCAACAGAGGAUGAUAAAGCACGGCUGGUGCAGGAGACAGGUCUGCAACUAAAGCAGAUCAAUAACUGGUUCAUCAACCAAAGGAAGAGGAACUGGCACAGCAAUCCCUCAUCCUCCACUGCACUGAAGAGUAAACGCAAAAGUAACGCAGGUGACAACAAUGCUGAGCACUUCAUGUGAAUGAUGGCUGAGGAUUUGAACUGCCCCAAAAUGAAGCUUAAUUUCUAUUCCAGUCGUAAGUAAAGUAAAUAUAAGCACAAAAAUUCUCAAAGAUGGGCUGCAUGACAAUCUGGAGAGACCGUCACAUGUAAACUACUAACUACUCUGUGGUUUCUAGGGAAACCCAGUGUUACAAUGGGACAAAUCGCCAUAGUUCUGUAAGCACUUGAUAUCCUAAUAAGCAGCAGCUUUUCAGGUUCGUAGCCACGCUAUUGCACUAUGUGGUGACGUCGCUAAAAGGACAGGGUAUCGCAAUUACAAUGCCAGAAGAUUGUGUGGAACUUAUUUCCUGUGUUGGCAGAUUAAGCUCUUGUUUGCCACUCUGUGUAUCUUGGAAUAAAAAGAUGGAGGUAUUAGUGUACAGUAUAAUAUUUUUGUAGUGCUUGUCAGUGCAGUGAACCGUAGCGAGUUUAUUGUGCUUUUGCUAGUCAUUGAACAACUGCUUGAAGCGUACUAAGAUAUGGGUGCUACGUAAUUCUAGAUUUUAAAUUCUUACUGAA